AUGUCAAGAGAAGCACUGGCCGCCAGCAACGAUUCAACACCAUCUGAGCCAGAACCGGCCAAGGCAACACCCGUCAUGGUCCAGUCGGAGCGCGAGGACACCAUACCGUCUCCUGCGCUGUCGCAAGACAAAGACAAAGAGCGACGCACUGCUGCCUCACCAUCGGAAUCAGUCUCCCUUGAAUUGACAAAGCCCUCAGCCAUGAUCUUCCCCGACUUUUGCAGAAGUCCACGCUCACCACUGUCCAAGCUUCGCCUGCACCACCCGCAGCUACCAGCUCAGCUGCCCACCGCAGCACCUGAAUGGCGAGCCGAUGAGUAUGCGGAUCUCCUGAGCAAAGAUAAAACCAAACAAAAGGAGGCCGUGAAGCGCUACUUGACUGACAAGGUCCGCAGCGACUGGACCUUUCCUUGGCCGCCUGCCGUUUCAGAGGAAAAUGUUGCGUCAUCGGGACCCGACGGCCCAGGAGUCUCUGUCGAGCCCUCAAAUGAGGCCAUCUCGUCAAAGAAAAGGGGAGGGUCUCAGGCCCCUGCGAGCGAAGAAGAUGGAUAUCGAGGAGGAGAAGGCACUGAGCUAGAUGAGGCAGAGUCCGAUGCUGGAGAUGGCAAUGCCAUCGACGACGACGACGACAACGACGGCGCAGGGUCUGUAUACAGUAUAAUGUCAGAAGAUGCGAUUCAUUAUCGUCCUCGGAUUGAAUGGACAUCGGAUCUGUCCGACGAUGAGGAUACGGCACCCAAGCCCCCGCCGUUUCGCUUUGAUAAACCCGACUCUAUCCAAUCCACCAUUCAGGACAUUGUCCGGGCAAAGAAGGCUCGCAGACGGCGUGCCCUGCGGGAAGAGAUUGCCUGGAACGAGGGACUCGCCUGUUUUGAAGCAAGGCGGAAUGCUUGGACUGGCGCCAAGACGGUCCGUGUUCGAAGUAAGCCUGUAGCCACACCUCCAGCAUCGCCGCGAUCACCAAGACGAUUCUUCUUUCGUCGCUCCAUGUCCGGAUCGCCACCCAAUUCGGCGGCGGCUGUUCUCUCCCAGCACGGAGAAUGCUGUGGUGCGGUAUCCGACUCGUCAUCAGCCUCAAAGGACGCUGAAAAGGACCUGAAAAAACACCAAAGCACCGACUCGUCCGUAUCGGACUCUACCAGGUUCCAGACUUACCCUGUUGAAACGCUGCUGCCAGUUGGACAGCCUCUUCUUCCGCCUACAAACCCUCUGCGAGCUUCUAUUUCGCCAGCGGUCUAUUUGAGUCUCUAUGACAAGGUGAUUUUGCACAAUCUGCAGCCGGCAUGCCCCAUCAACUUGUCAGACAUGUUGCGAUCUUGCGUGGCCGGAUGGAAACGAGAUGGCGAGUGGCCUCCGCGAUGCUCGGUGCCUGAUCCGAUGCCAGCGAGCCGAAAGAAAAAGAAGGCAGCACCAUCCUCCGCCACUGACAAUACUGGAAACGUAACAAGACGCAUGAGCUUCGGCCUCUUGGGUCGCGACAAGGAUGAUGAAGCCGGUGCUGGCAAAGGUAUUCGCCGCAGUCUACAAAGAGCGCUUGGAAUUGGUGUCAUGGCCGGCAUGGGAGAUGCCUGA